CCUUCUUAAGACUGCUGUACUCUUGAGUGCUGAGGUCCAAUUCUAUGGCUUCUCUGGAUACCUUGGUGUUCAGUUAACUUUCAGACAAAGCUGCUGUGGAAAGAACUAAGGACAAAGAAAUUUCCCUUUGGCAGAGUAAGAGUCCAUGGAGCCCCAGAAGCUGCUGAGCAUUGUAUUUCUGUUGUGUUCACUGACUUGCUCCUUGUUGGCGACAGUAGCUUCCCCUCCUUCGCCAUUAUAUGAUUUUGGAAUUCAAGAAAACGCAGGACUGAAACCACACUCAAGGGGAGACCAGAAGUCUUGGCUGAGCAACUUCUGGGAUUACCUGUGGGACCUCAUCAUGAGCUCCAUACCUCCAGCAGCCAUUUUUGCUUUUCUUAUCACCAUAGCACUAAUGGGGACCCUCUGUUGCCUAACUAUUCUUAUAGGUGAACCAGUCCACUGAAGAACUAGAAGACUGAUUAGGGCAAUUGUGGUGUUUGGUUUUCCACAUUUCAAGACAAUGGAAAAUGUGUUGUUUGCUUAAAAUGAUGUUAAAAUUAAAUUA